UCAGUGUAAACAUCAGCUUGCGAGUAAAGUCUAGUGAAAUGAGUCACUUUUUAGUUGCGCAAAGGCAAAACCAGGCAACUAGGAGACGCCGAGCAACGCACCCCAAAACACAAACAUGGCCAAACAAGUGGUAACAACGAUAUGUUUUGUUCUUUUUCACUUCAUCAUAAGUUACUGGGCGUUUAUGUCAUCUUGUAGCAUCCACUCACCCACAAAACGCAGCAUACCAGAGAUCGCUAGGUAUUUUGGCACCAAAGGUCGCUAUGAGGAGGUUAACACGUACUUAAUCGAGGAUAUUUUGACCAUAAACAACUCCCUCGUGACGCUGCCUUCCUCGACAUGCCGCGAAAUUCAUUUGACAGCUAUAAUCCGGCACGGGACGAGGUUCCCAACCGCUAAAAACAUCCAAAAGAUGCGCGACUUUUAUAAUCUCGUCGUGCGUAAUGCGACCGACAACUUAAGCUGUUUGUCAGAGAUAAAGUCACGGUGGGAGAUGUGGUACAAGGAUGAGAUGGACGGGCGACUGGUAAACAAGGGCCGUGAGGAUCACAUGAACCUGGCACAGAGACUCAUUAAAUGGUUCCCCUCUUUACUGACCGAGGACAAUGUGCGUCAAGGACGCGUGAAACUGAUCACCAGCUCCAAGCACAGGUGUGUGAACAGUACCAUCGCUUUCAGAGAGGGACUAAUGAGAGGACUCCGCAUAGAAGAAAAAGUUGAGUUGGAACCUGCUGUAAAUGACGCUUUGAUGCGUUACUUUGACCAGUGUGAACGGUUCGUGAAAGAAGUGGAGAACAACAAGAGUGCCUUGGAGGAAGUAAAACGUUUCAGUGAAGGCCCUGAGAUGAAAAGAGUAAUGGAGAAAAUGGCUGACAGGCUGAAGGUCCCUUACACCAGCGUCACCGAUGAUUCAAUGCAAGCAGCAUUCUUCCUGUGUUCAUACGAGUUUACUAUCCUCAAAGUGAACUCGCCCUGGUGCCAGUUGUUUGACGAGGUUGAUGCACAGGUGAUGGAAUACGCUGGUGACCUGAAACAGUACUGGAAACGAAGCUAUGGACAUGAUAUCAACAGCAAGUCCAGCUGUAUUCUUUUCCAUGAUCUUUUCUAUCGUCUUGACCAAGUUGUAACCAAUAUCAACUCGGGUGUUACUGUAUCAGAGGCUGUAACGGUGCAGGUUGGCCACGCUGAGACACUGAUACCCCUCCUCACCCUGCUGGAUCUCUUCAAGGAUGACGUCCCUCUCAAAUCAACUAACUUUGCAACCCAACAGAAUAGAAUAUUUCGCAGUGGACGCAUUGUGCCAUACGCUGCCAAUCUGCUGGUAGUGCUCUAUAAAUGCCCGGGGGGAAUAAGAAUUGGUGUGCGACUCAAUGAGAAAUCUUUGACCUUGCCUGGACUUACCGACCCUGUCCCUGUGUAUGAGGAUGUGAAGAAACACUACAGCGCUCUACUGGGGGGUUGUGACCAAGAGACUGUGUGUAAAAUUCAUUCAUGAACAUAAAAGAACAAUACAACUCACUACCCAGCCCACUGACACUGAAUAACAUUUUGAAAACUGUUGGUAGAACAGUAUGGUAGAAAAAGUUAUCUGUUAUAUAAGUAUAACACAAUUUACCCCCGUACUAUUACUUAGCCUACUGAUUUUAUGGACUGAAUUACUGUCUGCAUGGACCAAUAAGAGACAGAAACUUCCAAAAUAGAGUACCUUAAGAAAAGGACAUAUUAAAGACAGAAAGAAAGCAGAGAAAUCAGUUCUAACCAACCAAUUAAACAAAUAAGCACAUUUGACAUUUCACAUGAAAAAUCUUUCAGCACUAUACAAUGUCACUUUUAGUAAAGGACGGUCUUCACAUUGGUUCAUUUUUUAAAUUCUACAUGAUUUUUUUAAAAUCAUGACCCAGUGGUUGUACAUUGUUUACAUGCUUGAAUUGUAAAUGAUUGGUUUUGUUAGGGUCUCCUGAGUCUUUUGUUCUUGCUUACUACUAAAGUAUCAAUUGUAUGUAAAAUGAUCUAUUCAAACCAAAGACUAUUUUGUCAAGUACUGUAUGUACUGCCUGUUUGAUUUUAUUUCCAGACCACAUUUAUAAAAUAAAUAAAUCGUAUGUAAAAAUGUG